AUGCCUCGUCCUUUUGCAAAUACUCACCGCGACUCCUCUGGAUCCUCCAUCUACUCACUCCCUGAUUUUCCGGUUCCUCAAGCUCCACAAGUUCCUCAACAAGUCGCCCGACCAUCUUAUCAGCCCAAUCGCCGCCCUCCACUAGGUCCUCCUCCUUCGGCGCGCAAAGGUCCUGCAUCGUACUACCCACAGAUAAAUCACGUUGCGCCUAUCUUGGAAGAGACAGACAGUCAACGAGGAUUACACGACUCAAAGAGUUCUUUCGCGUCCAGCAAUGCAAUUCCUAUUGGCAUCUCAAAGCAUCUUGCUGACCAGCACGACAUGCGUCAAGAUAAUGAGUCUCCAUUUCGAGACCAGUUUGAGGAGGACUCUGACAGCAGUGAGCCUGAGCAGAUGAUGCGCCCCAUACCUGUCCGCCAGGCUAGCAUUGGUCGUAAGUCGACACCAGUCUUGACCACGAUCAAGAAUGGCGAACUACGGCCAGAUAGUCAGACUCGGCCCCUGGAUCAAUCUCGCCGUGGUGGCAAUUUGGAGGAUGUUGAGCGCAUGGCACAGGAUAUGAGCUAUCCUAUGGUCGACAUGUCACCUGAGGAGCGCUCCGACAAGUCCUUCCCACAAUUGUCCACACGGACGAGCAGUUCCGAUAUUCUCGGCAAAGACACAAUGAUACCUGGAUCUGAGAAAUCUAUCAAGGGUAGUUCUUCUGUCUCCACGUUCGAGUUGUCUGAGAAGGGUACUACUCAAGACUUGGGAAGACAGACACUUGCCGAGAGAGUUGGCUCCAAGCGACCACCAAGGCUUAACGUGGAUGCUGUCCGCGAGGCAGAAGCUCGCGGCAGUCUUACCAGUCUUCCAGACCUCAUUCGCAGAGCGACCAAAGUUGCGUCAAACCUUGAUCGUGGUCGAACUGCCAGCAGACUGGGUCUUAAUUUCUUUGAUGACGAUGCACCACAAGCACAUGCCUCGGACAACAGAAGAUCUGGUUCUCUUUCAGACAUCCUUGCUUCGUUUCCCCCACCAGGACUCGCUACUCCCACAGGAUCCAGAGGUUCCAAAGGCGGGUCGAGGAGCUCUAGGGCAAUGCCAUGGUCUUCGAAUUUGCAGCACAGCGCUCUUCCUUCGGCGAGCGAUCUUGGUGAGGACCCUGAGCCGCGCAGGAGAUGCUGUGGUAUGCCUUUAUGGCUCUUCUUUACGCUACUUCUGCUCAUAGUCGUUCUCAUUGCUGCUGCUGUCAUUAUCCCCAUAGUUCUCGUCGUCAUUCCUCAACAAAAGAGUGCUUCGGGCAGUGCCUCGGCCUCCGCGCUUGCCACAUGCCAAAGAUCACUAGACUGCAAGAACGGUGGCAUCAACAUCCUAGGUAGUGACGGCAGCUGCAGCUGUCUGUGCGUCAAUGGAUUCGCUGGUUCUGAAUGUACUCAAGCAUCAAGUGCAUCUUGCACUACCACGACUAUUGAAAAGAUGAACAAUGUCACACUUGGAGAUUCUAUUCCACGCCUCCUCACUGGCUCGGCAACCAAUUUCAGCAUGCCACUCAACGCUACCAACAUUCUAGGGUUGUUCGCUUCGUCCAAGCUCACAUGUACUUCGGAGAAUGCAUUGGUUACGUUCAACGGUCUUUCUGCUCGCUCUCUCGCUGAGGUUGUCUCUGAUAUCAAGCCUUCUCCAACUAAAGUGUUAGUGGGGCGCGCAGAUUCUACAUCUGUUGCUGGAGCUGCAGUCACUAGUAACGGUAUCGUCUUUGCAAGCGGAUCACCAAGCGAUUCACCAUCCUCUUCGGCUUCGGUGAGCUUUGACACUACCACAUCAUCCUCGAUGCCCUCUUCGUCUGCAUCGGCUGACUCGACAACACUUGACUUUGCUCGAAUUGCUGUACUCUUCGUCUUCCAGCAGUCUGGUCAACUGAACAACGCGAUCGCUGCUCAGGAAAAUCUCCAAAAUUACUUUACCUCCGGGACCACAAGCACCGGACAACAGAUCAAUGCUUCGAGUAUUGAUCUUGGUGCUGAUAUCAGUGCGAAUCUCCACAACCACUCUGUCACCUUGGCUAAUGGCACGGUGAUUGGUGGCUAG